UUGUUUUAGCACUACCAUUACCUCAUCGAACUUCAAUCCUUUUUAUGCCUGCAUUCUACCUCAGUUUAUGGGACAUCCGGACAAGAUAUCCGCACUGCUCGAAUGGUGUUCAACUUGCGGUAUAACAAUUGAUCCACGGCUGCGUGUUGUUUGCCACGAUGAAAGCAUCAGCGUUCGUUCUAACGACAAGGAGAUUGCACCCUUUUCUUCAGUGGUGCAUAUUCCAAAAGAUGCUAUUCUUUCGGAAAUCGUCCUCUGUUUCGUCGGCCGUCGUCCCCAGCCCUGUUGGACAUGAAGCCCAGUUGUCAUUGGCGCUUGCUUUAUACAUUGAACUAACGAAAGGCGCAUCAUCUCGGUGGCAUGGCUAUCUGCAAUCACUUCCUACACAAAUCGUGGACAUUCCCAUUCUGUGGCAAACAGAUGACCAUUUCAUGGAUUCUACGGAUAGAAAACACGCUUUAAAGUGGUUAAAGGGGACUGAGGUGGAAAAGGACCUACUGGCGCGUGUGGAUGGCCUUACUCGCCUGGAUGAAUUACACCAAUACUACAGUGAAGUGGCAGAGCCCGUGUUCAAAGCGUACUUCCGAGGCUCAUCCACCGCCAAGUGUUCUUCACAUGGAUUUUAUCAUGCGUAUUCGCUAGUCUCAUCCAGAGCCUUCCUUGUCGAUGCGUAUCACGGGCUUUCAAUGGUGCCUAUCGCAGAUGCCUUCAAUCAUUCUCAAGAAAAUCAUGUACAUCUUGAGAGCGAAUAUGAUGUCUGCCCUGAAUGUGGUUCCCUGAAGGAAUGUGCUCACGACGAUGAGCCUUCACCGGCCCACGGGGAAGUGUUCAACACAUAUGGCGAAACCCUCAGCAACGCUCAGCUGCUUCUACGAUAUGGCUUCAUUCUAGACGUAAAUGAUAACGAUCAAGUCGUUUGGGAUAGAGGAGCUACUGGAGACACCCCAGAACACCUAAUCGACGCCCGGCGCUCGAUUGACAUUCCAACGGAGACAUGGCAGUAUCGUUUUUCUGAAUCUGACUCCACCGCUCCUGUGGAGCUACAUGGAGUGUACUUUUAUGGCACAACUUCGCGUAGUAUCCUCCUCCCUGACCAGCUAUGCAUCUUCCAGCUCCUGUUCAAAACUCCCAGGCCCGCUUUUCGACGUUUACCCCUGCGAACGUUCACAGUUCUGUUCAUUUUAUUUGCUUUACUCGUGGGGAGUAGGCAUACUUCACAUCAUUCACCAUACUCCUUUGCAAUAGACAAGGGAUGGUUGUUAGUGGAUACCCGGAUUGGUCACCCUACCACUUCUCCGUUCAUCAAUCACAAAACUGCGGCGCUCGGUCCCAGUAGCUCGACCAACGGUGCCAAACCGACGCACAUCAGCGAAAAUGAAUCUUUCCCUAUAAAGGAUAUCUCUUGGCCGCCUGCUGAUCCAGAGCGUCUGACGAAUAUUGAAGAGCUAAGGGAACUCGUGUCCCACUACGGACGGAUACGAUUUAUCAUUGACUCGGCAUUGUUGCAAGCAAAGCUUCUUCGCCGAACACUUGUCCUUCCAUCGUUCGUUUAUGCGCGUAGUUGCGAGUACGAUAUGCAAGUGUGCUCCGACUAUGCUGUGAUGGUUAACAAAGGGGAUGUAUUGAGAAGCAACGAAUGGCUCGGUCUUCCAAUAGACCAGCAGAUGGCCUGGUCGCACCCAGUCAUUACCGUAUCUGAAUAUCUUCGCCUUCAUGGUCAGGACAGCGAUGCCGAAGCUUCCGACGGUCAAUGGCAGAGAAGUUUGUAUGUCAUUGAAAAUGGGUGGUACGACCCGCCCGAAACUGUGAGGGUCGAUGAAGUGGUGACAAAGACCGAAGAGGCGAACAUUUCGGAUGUGGAGGAAGGAGGGAUUUAUAGGACACUGAAGGAUGCUCUCCCGGAUGAUCAAGUUCUGCUAGAUUGGGAUAAAGCACGGGAACUAUUGGGUAUCUUGAGCGACGAAGAUCUCGAGAGGGUAAUCAUUGACAACGGAUGGGAAGUGGUACAUACUUUCAAGCCCUUGCUAGGGAUGGAGUACAGCAAGGCAGUAAUAGAUCCCAUACGACAGAUCACUCCUCGAAAGAACUUACGUGGAUUCAAGAAUGAUUUUGGAGGACGUAAGGAAGAAGUCGUACUGCUCGCUGGGGAGGUCCAUCAUGGACGAAAGCCGGGAUCUAUGCGAUUUGCAUCGCGUGCCGCUUUGGAUCAGUUCGUCGGUUUGGUGCUAGAUGAUGUCCGCAGGAUUGAUGCUGUCUUAGCUCUUGCAGAUGCAAUGGUUGAACGCAUGUACAUGUUCACCGAGGGGAGACUCUGGAUGGCAGCGCAUAUACGUCGUGGUGACUUUGUGAGGCACAACUUGGUAAUGGAGAAGGUCCCAAAAGAACAUAUGGCUAGGGUCAAGAACCAUUUGAAGGAAGGUGUAGACUUCAUUGGGGCACUGAGAAAGGGGGAAGAGACAUUGAAGACCUGCGAUGUCCCAGCAUCGCGGCUACAAAUUAAACCAGACAUGGAAAUUCUCAAGAACAAGGCACCAUUAGCAGGAGACUGGUUCUAUGUUGCAACGGACGAGCGGGAUAAAAAAGUCUUGGAAGAAUUCCGUAAAAAAGGCGCAGUCUUCAUGGAUGAUCUCCUCACCAUUUCUGAUCGGCGCAGUGAGUUAUCGUGGGCACUGAUGCUUACCGAUUUUCGUGGCCUGGUGGAGCAGAUCGUUUUGUCGAGAGCAGCAUUCUUUUAUGGGCAUGCAUUGAGUUCGGUUGCUGGCGGUGUGAUGAAUCUGCGAGCACUGAGGGGGAUGGACCCACGCACUGCAGACGUGGACUGA